UCAGCCACGUAGGCAUUCUCUGCUCUCUGGAGGAAACGGCCCGCAGCUGUCGGAGGACGAGAACCACCAGCUGUCAGCCAAGGGACAUGUCGCAGCUAAGUAAGAACCUGGGUGAUUCCAGCCCUCCCGCAGAGGCCCCCAAGCCGCCUGUCUAUAGCCGCCCCACGGUUCUGAUGCGUGCCCCGCCUGCCUCCUCCCGGGCUCCUCCGGUCCCUUGGGAUCCUCCUCCAAUGGACUUGCAGGCAGCAUCCCUGGCGGCUUGGCAGGCACCCCAGCCUGCCUGGGAGGCUCCACAGGGCCAGCUGCCAGCCCCAGUGGCUCCACUGGCCCAGCCUCCUGCCCUUGGGGGUUUGGUCCAGGCUCCCCCUCCGGGGGGUCCGAUGGGCAAGCCUCCGACUCCUGGAGUCCUGAUGCUUCAACCUCCGCCUCCUCCAGGAGCCCCGAUGCCCCAGCCUCCCACCCCGGGAGCCCUGAUGGUGCAUCCUUCAGCUUCUGGAAACCCCAUAGCCCACCCUCCUCCUCCGGGGACCCCAAUGUCCCACCCUCCUCCUCCUGGGACCCCAAUGGCUCAUCCUCCUCCUCCUGGGACCCCGAUGGCCCACCCUCCUCCUCCGGGGACCCCGAUGGCCCACCCUCCUCCUCCUGGGACCCCAAUGGCUCAUCCUCCUCCUCCUGGGACCCCGAUGGUGCAUCCCCCCCCUCCGGGGACCCCGAUGGCGCACCCCCCCACACCGGGGACUCCGAUGGCACAUCCUCCACCGCCGGGGACACCGAUGGCCCAGCCUCCAGCUCCAGGAGUCCUGAUGGCCCAGCCGUUGACACCGGGAGUCCUGAUGGUCCGGCCACCACCUGCUCCACCUGCUCCACCUGCUCCACCUGCUCCACCUGCUCCACCUGCUCCGAUGGUCCAGCCUCUACCUCCAGCUGCUUUGAUGACCCAGCCUCCACCUUCUGCAGUCCCGAUGCCAAAGCCUCCAGCUCCUGGUGUCCUGAUGAUGCAUCCUUCGUGUUCAGGAGUGCCGAUCACCCAUCCUCCGGUCUCAGGAGCACCAAUGGCUCAACCAGUGGCACCUCCUGCUCAGCCUAUGGCAUCCUGGGCCCCGCAGGGUCAGCCUCUGAUCCUGCAAAUCCAGUCGCAGGUCUUAAGGGCACCUCCACAGGUUCCCCAGGUGCCGCAACCCCCCCAGGUGCAGCUGGCCACAACCCCAGGCUGGCAAGCCACCUCAACAGGAUGGCAGGCCCCUCUCCAAGGCUGGCAGGCCACACCCUUGACCUGGAAGACCACACAGGUCACUUGGCAGGCGCCCACGAUAGCCUGGCAGGCGCCACCACCCAUCCGCCAAGUGCCCCCACCCAUCCGCCCGGGCCCACCACCCAUCCGUCCUGGCCCCCCUCCUGUGGCACGUCAAGGCCCACCUAUGAUCCGCCAGGCACCACCUGUCAUCCGCCAGGCACCACCUGUGAUUCGUCAGGCACCGCCGCUGAUCCGCCAGGCACCUCCACCCAUCCGGUCGGCACCACAGGUCUUGGCUUCGCAGCCACAGAUCUGGCAAGCCCUGCCACCCCCACCUCCACUGCGGCAGGCCCCGCAGGCUCGGCUGCUGGCCCCGCAGGUGCAGGGAGCUCCGCAGGUGCCUACGGCACCAAUAGUUACGCAGGUACCUGCGGUGCCACCCGCAGGCCCGCAGGUGCCCCAGCCAGUGCUGCCGAGCCCGCUGUCUGUCCCACUGCCUGCGCCACUGCGUGCCCCGCAGGCUGCUCCACAGGCUGCACCACAGGCUUCCCAGCAGGCUGUGCGCUGCCCAUCGAUCAUCUGGCAGGCUCCCAAAGGCCAACCCCCAGUGCCACAUGAGCUGCCGACAUCGAUGGAGUUUCAGGAGGUGCAGCAGUCCCAGGCGCUAGCCUGGCAGGCCCCAAAGGAUCCAUAUGCCUGCGCAGAGGCUCUGCCUGCAGUUCCAUGGGUUCCACAGCCUAAUGCGAAUGUCUCAAAGUCAUCCAAGGCUGUACCCCACAUCCUGAUGGCUACAGCAGCUCCUCCUCAGGCAACUGCCACUGCUCCAGGGGCCUCCAGUGUUGUUGACCCACCACGUCGCUCAGGCAAAGUCACCCGGAAGAAGAAGCACCUGGGACCUGAAGAAGGCAACAGGCACAGCAUGACCUCACAAGACUGGCAGGGCUCCUGGCAAUGGGAAAAUGUUAGUCUGAGUGACUGGGAGAUCCCGAGCUCUGUCCAGGUUGUGGGGGACUGGGAAUGCCUGAGGACUUCCUAUAGUCUGAAUGGCUGGGAGGGUCCUAGUGUCUCCAGGGUUCUGAGUGGCUGGGAAGGGCCCAGCACAUCCUGGGCACUGAAUGCCUGGGAAGGCCCAAGCACCUCAAGGGGCCUGGGUCACUCUGAAGGCUCAGGUGGCCUUCAGCCCUUCAUUGUCUCUGAGGUCCCAUGUCUCUCCCACAGAUGCAGGGCCAACCAAGAGGACCCAAGGGGAGAGACUCAGCAGUCGUCUCUGUUAGAUGAGAGAGCACAUGCACUGGUGCAAUUUCUCUUGGUCAGGGACCAAGCCAAGGUGCCGAUCCCACGCUCAGAAAUGGUGAAUGUCGUCAUCCGAGAGUAUAAAGAUGAGUGCCUACAUAUCAUCGUCCGUGCCAACACAAAACUAGACUGCAAUUUUGGUUGUCAAUUGAAGAAAAUUGAUACCAAAACUCACUCUUACAUUAUCAUCAGCAAGCUGGGACACCCUCAAUGUGAUUUGCUGGUAUCCUUCACUGACAAACCCAAGUUUGAACUCCUGAUGGUGGUACUGAGUCUGAUCUUUCUGAAAGGCAAAUGUGUCAGGGAAAAUCUGAUCUUUAAUUUUCUGUUCAGGUUAGGGUUGGAUGUCCGGGAGACAAAUGUUUUCUCUGGAAACCCGAAGAAGCUCAUCACUGAAGUGUUUGUCAGGCCCAGGUAUCUAGAAUACAGGCCCCUCCCUUGCUCUGAACCAGCAGAAUAUGAGUUGUUUUGGGGACCCCAAGCUUUCCUGGAAACCAGCAAGAUUCUUGUCCUGAGGUGUUUUGCUAAAUUUCAUAAAAGAGCUCCUUGGUGCUGGUCAUUCCAUUAUUUUGAAGCACUGGCAGAGUUUAAGUCUGAGGACUCAGAUGAGGAUGUCUGAUGCCAGUGAUGACUCUGAUGAACUGACCAGCAGGCCCCCUCCCCACUAAUAGGUGUUAUAGUAAUUUUGUUCCUUUGGGUCCCCGGCCAGAGGCCACUGACAGGGUGUGGGCACAUUUUGUUUCUGGUGUUUUUGUUUCAGUUCUGUAUGUGUGUACAUUUGAAUUUUAAAUCUGGUUUUGUAUCUGGCAAAGCUUUGUAUAUUUUCAAGUGGUGUUGAUUUCAACUGGCUACUGUUUUCUUGGUAUUCUGGUACCUGUAUCUUUAAGUGAGAUUUGUGAUUCUCUGUUUUGUGUUCCAGUUGUUAUUUUCUGGUAUCAGAAUUGUGCUGGCUUUGUGAAUCAAUCUGACAAGCUAUUACUGU